AAGCAGUAGAGCCUUGACGGACGCCAAUAUACUUUUUCAACCAGAAUUUGAUACAAUCCCAGAAUUCCGAGCCCGCUCGAGUAACCAGAAGGCCAGCUGCCAAACCCCUAUGCAGCUUUUUCUGCUGACACUCUAAUCCCUGCAAAUAUUCAAUUCGAAUCCCUGUAAUUUCCCGUAUUCAUCCUUAUAAUAUCUCAAAGCUUCAAUUGAUUGCGUGGAAAGCAUCUCCAGCGUCACGUUUUAAGGUUGGAAUUAGCGGAGAGGCAGCUAUGAAGAGCCGGUCUCACCGGCUUCCUGUUGCAAACCCACAGGAUGACUGGGUGGAUGGUUCAUGGACAGUGGAUUGUGUGUGUGGUGUGAAUUUUGAUGAUGGGGAGGAGAUGGUGAAUUGCGACGAGUGCAGUGUGUGGGUACAUACACGUUGCGUGCGCUAUGUCAAGAGUGAGAAGCUGUUUGCGUGUGAUAAAUGUAAGAAUAAGGCUAGGAGGAAUGAUAGCGAAGAGACUGAGGUUGCUCAGCUGCUUGUUGAGUUGCCCACCAAGACUUUGAGGAUGAAUCCUCCAUAUCCUAAUACUGUGCCUGUCCGAAAGCCCUUUAGGCUUUGGACUGAUUUGCCAAUGGAGGAAAGGGUUCACAUGCAAGGUGUUCCGGGUGGUGAUCCAGCUUUAUUCUCUGGGUUAUCAUCUGUAUUUGGUCGUGAAUUGUGGAAAUGUGGUGGUUAUGUUCCCAAAAAGUUUAAUUUUCAAUAUAGGGAGUUUCCUUGUUGGGAGAAUGAAAAAAGGGAGACUCACGAUAACACCAGCGACAAAGGCAAUGAGAUGACUACUGGUAAUGGUGCUGGUGCUUUAUUCUCACUGUCAAGAGAAAACCGCUUGUUUUCACCAGUAGUUAACCCUGUUUCCGAGAAGCCGGUUAUCGAAUCUAACGGUGCUAUGGAUUCAGAUGAUGUGAAGAAGGGCACAAGUUUAUUGGGCCCCAGCAUGAUACAAGGCAGCAAACGUAAAAAAAGAGAGUUUGGGAUGUCCAAGGACCAAAGUGGUAAGAAGAAGUCUAAGAUCGUUGAAAAGGAGGGAUAUCUUAAGAAAGAUACUCGUGCUUCUAGACCAGGAAAAUUGCAAUUUUAUAAAGACAGAGGCCCCAUGGCUGUCAAGACAGAUAUUCAGAGAACAAAAUUUGGAAAUACAGGGGAAGUUCUGGCUGCUGUUGGCAUUUUGGAAGGACCUCGUAUACUGAACCACGGCACAAAAAGCUACCGUGACAUUCCAGCUUCAAGUGAGUGCUUCUCAAAAAUUGUAUCUUGUGAUGUGUCUAAACGCUGCUCGACAAGUGAAGCACAUCCGCGGGAAGACAAGAUUAGAAACCAUGUUCCUGCUAGGGUAGAGGAUUCUUCUAUGGAGAAUGAUGGAGCAGCAACAAUUUUAGAGCGUAGUGAUUCUGCUAGUUUACCUACAACAGACGAGGUUGCUACUAAUGCUACCAACAAUAAGGAAGAGGUUGCGGUAUGUCUUGGGACUGAAUCACAGAUGGCGGAGCCCAUGAUAGAAAAUGUUACAUGUCGUGGUCCAGACAUUAAAAGGCACCCAAAUAUUGGAAGUUCAAGUGAUGAUAAGGUCAUUUGCUCUUCAGAACUCGAUGCUAAAUUGACAGCAGAAGUCCAUUCUGAUCCUGCAGGCCUUGAAUUUCAACAUUCACUUUCAAGCAACGGUAAGUUGGAUAUAACAAAAUCCUUGCCAAAACCUGCAGGGAUAUCUUCAGGAUGCUUGUUUGAAAAAGCUGAAGUACACAUUACCACGGUAAUUAAUUCAGAAUAUAGUGACUGUAAAUUAGAGGAAGACGAUAAAAAGGCAACAAUGGGUGAUAAUAGUCUAACUAAUACUGAUGAAUCACCCAGCGCUCUCUGUCAAUCUAAUCAAGAACCUAAGAUUGCUGAAGUUGUGGUUGGACCAAGGAAGAGUUCAGGACACAAGGAAAGUUCAAAACCUGCUGAAGAUGCACCUAGAUCCUGCUUACCAGUCACAAAUCCUUUACCAGCUUCUAAUCACCGUAAAGUAGUUUUAUCCAUGGGAAAAUCAUCUACUGGAACAACCAAGUCUUCUGCUCCUGAGAAUCGAACAUCCUCAAAAGCUCAUAAUCACGAUUCUAAUGGUCGACCGAGAGGAAUGUCUGAGAUUAAUCUUAGUAAUAAAAGAGAAAGCUCGUCAAUGGAUUCUGGUAGGGAUGAGGAGAGGCGUGAAAGACCAAAGAAAAUAUUGAAAGAGCUCCCAAAGUCAUCAGUUGGUUCGGCAUCGAAGACCUCGCAGUCGACCAAGCUCUCUCAUGCUCCAGUGAAGCGAACAGUGUCAGAAGCAAAGGAUUCAGUCCUCAAUUCGUCUGCUAAAACAUCAGCUGUGCGUAGCAACCCUGCUGGUUCACACUCUGCAGAGUCUUCUACUUCACUGCAAAGUGAGAGUGCCUCACAUGUACAUAAUAAAGCUACAGGUACACAUUUGACACAGAAAGGUGAAAAGAUAAACCAGCCCAGUUCCCAACCAUCUUCUAAAGUGAAUACACAUCUGAUGCAUCCUCCAUCUUCGUCAUCUCCUGCGGCACUAAGUGAUGAAGAGCUUGCUCUACUGCUUCAUCAAGAACUUAAUAGUUCUCCUAGAGUUCCUCGAGUGCCACGGAUGCGUCAUGCUGGUAGCUUACCUCAGUUAACCUCUCCAACGGGUACAAGUGUGCUAAUGAAGCGAACAUCUAGUGGUGGAGGAAAAGAUCAUGGUUUGACAUCUAAAAGAAAGUCAAAGGAUAUAGGCAAAGAUGGUUCAAGCUGUUCCCAGGAAGAGGUGGUUCAGGAAACUAAGAUAUCCGAGAGAUCAGUUUCUCCUGAUUGUAGGAGAGAAGAUGAUUCUGUUAUUAAGAGAGAAGGAGAUGGUGGAUCAGCAAAAAGUGUGCAGUCUCUGAAGAAGAGUAACAUACUUGCCUCCAAUACUUCUGCAAGUAGUAGUUUGUGUGCCUCAAAAGAGGCAAAUAAGCAGAACUUGUCCUCAAUGCACUAUUCACCAAGUGCAGCUGCUGCUGAUGACGCAAAAGUGGUUGGACAUCCUUCGCGUCGUACUUUACCAGGCUUGCUUGCUGAGAUUAUGAGCAAAGGUCAAAGAAUGACCUAUGAAGAGCUUUGCAAUGCAGUCCUUCCGCACUGGCCCAACUUGAGGAAGCACAACGGAGAACGUUACGCAUAUUCAAGUCACUCUCAGGCUGUUCUUGAUUGCUUAAGGAACCGAAGUGAAUGGUCUCGCCUGGUUGAUCGAGGUCCCAAGACCAGUACAAGUAGGAAGAGACGCAAGCUUGAUGUUGAUUCCCAAUUUACUGAAUCAGAGGAUAAUGAAGAUUGCAUGGAUAGAGCUGCAAAAGAUGUGAGGAACAGGACUUUUGAAUCAAAUCAGGAAGAGUUUCCCAAAGGCAAGAGGAAGGCGAGAAAGCGCAGGCGACUGGCUCUUCAAGGAAGAGGCAUAAAGGAUGUGAGGAGGCGGCACAAGGCUGAGGUUUCCAGUGAUGAGGAGAUUGCCUCAUCCUCUGAAUCUCGUGAGGACAGCAUGUUCAGCGAAGAUGAGGUACAAGGUGGCGAAACUUCUCCAGCUGGAAAUGAGGCCUCUGCUAGCUCUGAUGAGAGAGUGACCAUGUCAUAAUUUGUGUUAGGUGCUUUUUUUCUUUUUCUUGGGGUGUUUAAUACAUAACAUCUAUGAUUAGCAACACUGACUCGCAGAUCUUGUUAAGUGGCAAUAACUUUCUAUACACACUGAAGAUUCUUGCAUACAUGAGGUUAUGGCAGUCAUUGUUCAGAGGAUGUGUGUUGACUGGUAGCUUUGGCCAAGUCAUGUAUUAGUCCUAUUUGCAUGUUUGCUGGUAUGUGUCCUUGGGUGGCCUGGGUAUGUCAUCAGCUGCCUGUUGAUACCUAAUGAUUUUGUCAUUAAGAUUCAUGCAGUGAAUUGUAGAUGAAAGUUGUCUGCGGAAGCUGUAAGCUGCUGUAAAUAGUUUAGAUGCUCCACAACUCUCUCAACUGCAGAUUUUUGUGUAUUUGUGCUCCUGAAAGUUUUGAAGCUUGACAAUUUAUGCUAUUCCCUUGCUUUUAGUUGAUUUUUGA